AUGGAAAGGCUUGUUCAGCUCAAGCAACGUCUUGAGAAAAUCAAUGAAGCCAGAAGACUAAACAAGUUAUUAAGAGAGAAAAAACUUGUCAGAAUUCAAGAAAUUAAUACGUUAUUAGAUGUUUAUAAUCCAUCUAAAGCAAAUUCUCAAUCUCAAGGCGUUACUACAACACAUAUUAAGAUAGCUGGACUCUCUGAUGAUGAUAUUUCCUAUUUAAUUCGAUCAUUUUGGGGAAGACCAUUCCAAAACGGGGCUCAAAUUGAUAAUGCUAAUGCAGAAGAAAAUCAAAAUGAAAUACAGAAUGUUUUCAGGCAAUUUACCCCUGAAGAAAAGAGAUUAAUUUGUAUCAAUUCUCAUCUUUCACCAAUUCAAAAGCUUUCGAUCGUACAGAAUAUAAACCCCAAUCAUACGUUAUCUUCAGUUAUGAAAGCAGACUUUUUACCAAUAAAUUUACCUUUAUCAUUUUAUGAUAAAGUUAGAAUAUUAAUAUUUAGUCUUGCAUACGGACCAAAUGUUUCUGUAGAUACAUUCUUUCCAAAUCUCGGUUCAAGACGUGUAUUAACAUUUAUUAAUUCUUUGAAAUCACUCAAAGAACCUAAUCUAAGCCAAGAAGCAUCUGAGGGAAUCAUAACAGCAUUAAAUGAAGCAAUUCAAUACUAUCAAAAUGAUGUUUCUUAA